AUGGGGAAACACCAAUUCUACGGCCUUCGUGGCUCGAACCUCAACUGGGCGAUCGGUAUCAUUGCUGGCUUCGACUUCUUACUAUUUGGAUACGAUCAGGGUGUCAUGGGCGGACUCCUAACACUUCCCUCCUUCCUGGCAGUAUUCCCAGAAAUCGACGUGGGCAGUGAAUCUGGUACGAGUUCUCGCGCGACAAAGCAAGGCAUCACCAUUGCUUCCUACAAUCUGGGAUGCUUCGCCGGCGCCGUUGCGUGUGUCUGGCUCGGUGAUAUGCUCGGACGACGGCGGACAAUCUUCGUCGGCUCCGCGGUCAUGGUCGUCGGUGCUGCCAUUCAGGCCUCUUCCUUUAGCUUGGGUCAGCUCAUUGCUGGGCGCAUCAUCACUGGACUUGGAAAUGGACUGAACACUAGCACGAUCCCAAUGUGGCAGUCCGAAACGUCCAAAUCGCACAAGAGAGGUCCAAUGGUCAUGAUCGAAGGAGCACUGAUCACGGGAGGUAUCAUGAUCUCGUACUGGGUGGACUAUGGAUUCUCGUUCCUGGAGCCCAGCAGCGUCGCUUGGCGAUUCCCCAUCGCUCUCCAGAUCUUCUUUGCGUUGGUGAUCCUAGCUUUCAUCCUGGGCUUACCGGAGUCGCCGAGGUGGCUCAUUCUCAAAGGCAAAGACCAGGAAGCCAUCGCUGUCCUCGCUGCUCUCAGCGACGUGCCGGACGACGAUGCAUACGUUCAAAACGAAUUCCAUGCCAUCAAGGACAGCGUGAUUGAGAGCUCUAAAGCAGGAUUCAAGGACGUCUUCACCAUGGGUCCGGAUCGGAACUUCCACCGUGCUCUUCUCGGAUACGUCAGCCAGGUUCUUCAGCAGAUUACUGGGAUCAACCUCAUCACGUACUAUGCAGCCGUCAUUUAUGAGAGCGUUGGAUUGAAAGGAGACCUGCCUCGUCUCCUCGCCGCCGUCAACGGAACAGAAUACUUCCUCGCCAGCUGGGUGGCCGUCUUCUUGAUCGAAAAAGCCGGGCGAAGGACGCUGAUGUUAUUCGGUGCCGUCGGCCAGUCGCUCUCCAUGGUCACACUCGCGAUUGUGACAUCGUUCACAAGACCCGAUGGAACGGUCCAGACGCAGCCUGGCAUCGUUGCCGUGGUCUUCUUGUUCGUCUUCAACACCUUCUUCGCCAUCGGUUGGUUGGGGAUGACUUGGCUUUAUCCUUCAGAGAUUGUACCUCUGCGAAUCCGUGCGCCGUCAAGUGCGCUCUCCACGAGCGCCAACUGGAUUUUCAACUUCAUGGUGGUUAUGAUUACACCGGUGGCAUUCGCAACGAUCGGCUACCAAACUUACAUCAUAUUCGCCGUCAUCAACGCAUUCAUCGUGCCAUGCGUGUGGUUCUUCUAUCCAGAGACUGCCUACAGGAGCUUGGAAGAAAUGGAUGACAUCUUCCGCAACUCGAAGGGCUUCUUUGAUGUCGUCAAGGUCGCCUCUCCGAAGAACACCCCUCACCGGUACGACAAGAAUGGCAACCUGCUUAUCAACUACAUGGAUACGGAGGAGCAUCGUCGCCGCAGUAGCGUCAUUGCGCCGGGUGGAGUUGCUGGAGCGAAGGUCAAGCAAAGUUCUGGUCAGACGGACAGCUAUCGUGAGGAGGCGGGCAACAGCGGGAGCGAUAACGAGAAGGGAGAGAAGGAUCUUUAG